GAAUAAAAACAAUAACGCUUUAUUGUUUCGUUAUAUUUUCAAUUUUCUUUUUCUUGUUUUCUUUUCUUUUCUUAAAAAAUAUUUCGUAUUAUAUUACAUUUCGUCGUUCAAUUCGUAAUACGCGAAGACGUAAUGCCAUUUGAAUUUCGAUUCUAUGCCGAUUUAAUAUUUUUCCAAAAUGUUCUUUCAAUUAUUUCGUAUUUCAUUAUACUAUCAAUAAAAGUAUCAGACGUAUUAUUGAUUUAAAUUGAACUAAUACGUGGAUAAAUCUGUCUGUGUUUAUUUGUAGAGUGUUAUUGAUAAAUAUUUUCUCUUUGGUAUGGAGAAUAAAUUUUGAAAAGAGAGAGAGAGAGAGAGAGAGAGAGUUUCAUGGCAAUAUUAACUAUUGUUGCGUGCUCAUUUGAAGGUCGUCACUUUAUUUUGUAUAUCGUACAAAUUUAUAGUUUAAAUUAUCUAUAUGUUCUUAAAUCAACCACGUCUAAGAUCAAGAAUUAAAUUAGUCGUCGUUAGGAGAGCGUGGAUAGAAAAUCAUCUUCGAAAUAAUACGAAGGGGCGCGCACUUUCACUAUAUGUACACGCAAUGAAUUCAGAAUUUCUCUUUAGAAGUGAGAAAUACGUUACACUUUCUUCUAUUUUUUUUCUUCUUCUUUUUUUUUUUUUUCUUUUCUUUUCUUAUUCAAUGUGAUAUAAAAAAUUAUCGUGAUGUUCCUGACCACAUUGGUGUAUAUUUAAAUAGUGAUUCUUUAUAUAUAUAUAUAUAUAUAUAUACUGCAAGUAUAUAGAAAUAAAAGAAAACUUUUAAAUACUGGAAUUUUAUUUUAAUGUAUAUUUGAAAAAUAUACGAAUAAGAUAUUAUGCGAUCUACAAUGUAUAAAAAGUGUUACCAUGAAAAUAUUACUUCGUACGAAAUGAAUGGUAAUGAGAUAUUGAUUCCGAGUGGACAUCGUUGUCCACAUCGUGGAUUAAAGAAGUAUCCUAGUAUCGAUAAAAAGAUAUGGGAUGCUAGUAGUAGGUGGAUUCUUCAAUGGGAUAAUAUAGUGAAACAUCCCGGUGCAAGAGCUAGAGGAUGUCAUUGCGAUAUACACAAACCACCAUGGUUAUAUCCUGAAUUAGUUGGUAAAGAUACAGAUGAGCCUGACAGAGCAAUUAAGUCAGCACCUUCGAAAAGAACUAAUGUACCUCUAAAAAGAAGCCAAUUUGGUCCAGCAAAGACACCAAGUUCUGCGCUAGCUACGCCUGGUAACAUACAUGCAACGGUCCCACGAGCAGCAACCGUCAGUAGGUCUGUGUCACUAAGAUCAACAUCAGGUCAAGCUGGUGCUGUUGAUGAAGAAACAUUCUUAACAUCGUUUGAAGAUGUAUUAUCUGUUAAUUUGUUCUCUGCAAAGGAUUUGGAAGAACAAAUGAAAAUUAUAAGAGAUACAAUUGGAGAUGACAAGAAAGACUGGAAACAAAGAACAGAAAGCCUGAAAAAACUUAGAGCAAUUGUUCUUGCUGGUGGUAUGAACUAUGAAAAUUUUCUGGAUUGUUUGAAAAGUAUACAACGACCGUUUGAAGUAGCAUGUACAGAUCUUAGGUCACAGGUUGUACGAGAAGCUUGUAUUACUUUGGCAUUUCUGAGUCAGCAUUUAAAGACCAAGUUUGCCAGUUUCGGAGAAGCAGUUCUUUUGACUCUAAUGAACCUCAUACAGAAUAGUGCCAAGGUCGUGGCAACAGCAGGGGCUGUGGCUGUUAGAUUUAUCCUUCAACAUACACAUUGCAGUAGAUUUGUCCCGAUUAUUACAUCUUCGCUAAAUAACAAAAGUAAAGACAUUCGUCGUGCUUCGUGUGAAUAUCUAAACUCGAUUUUACAAACGUGGUCCACCCAAAUAUUGCAAAAGCACGUAACGAUAUUGCAAGAUGCUAUUAAAAAAGGAAUUGCCGAUUCUGAUUCAGAGGCAAGAGCAUUCGCCCGAAAAUCAUAUUGGGCCUUCAAAGAUCAUUUUCCGGAACAAGCAGAAGUACUUCUCAACAGUCUUGAUGCAACCUAUAAGCGUUCACUGAUGUCUCUCAGUAAUAGUGGAAGCAUCAACAGUUUAAAUGUAGUAACGCGAUCAACGAGCGUUAGUCCAAGAGCAUCAAGACCUGCAUUAAGUGCCACAGGUAGUACGGAAAACUUGCAUCAGGCACCAGGCCCACCUCAUGGUCCGCUCAGACGUACUCCGUCGUUACCUCGUUCAUAUCGUCAGUCUGGCAUCCCAAUUCUACAAAGACCCACAGAUAAUCAUUAUCGAGUCACGCCGGGUGUUAGAUCUACUAGUGCGAUAGAUUUACAAGCUGCCCAAAGAGCCAAAGCAAGAAUGACAUAUGCAAAUAUGAGUAGAUACAAAGCAACACUUCAUAAUGAUCAUAGUCAUCAGGGUAAACAAGCAAGACAUAGUAAAUCGCCUGAUACCGCUGCAGUUGCCAGUCCUGAACGGACAGCUAGAACAAGAACAAGGGUAGCGGGGGUUUCACAAUCGCAACCCAGCAGCAGAUCGGGUUCACCUUCAUCAAGAUUGAGUUAUACAACAUAUAAUCGUGAAGGAGAAUCAUUAAUAGCGAGACCAAGGAAAUUAUCUGGACAUGGAAUUCGAAGUACUGGCAAUAGUCGUGAACCUAGUCCACAGAGAUUUGGAAUGGACAGAAGUUUUGGAUGUAAAAUGCGAGGAAGGAGUUUACAUAUGUCACCAACAGAUAGGCCUCAGUCUAGACCAGUUAUGGCACAGAAGAUGUUACAGCAAUCUCGUGAAGCUGAGUCUGCUUUGGCAGAUGCACUUACCUUCGAUAGCAUUGACAGUUGUUACAAUAGAGCUACAAGAGUUAAAGGCGAACACAGUGAUGACAGCGAAACUAGCAGUAUAUGCUCAGAACGCAGCAUGGACAGUUUCAGGCGACCUAGUGAUUCGUUCUCAUGGAGUGGCUCCCAGCAAAGACUGUACCGUGAUAUCUGGGAUCAGUCUAUCCCAAAGGAUAUUAAAGAAAUAAUUGAAAAUUGUGCUCACAAACAUUGGGGUGACAGGAAGGAAGGUUUAGUUGGAUUACAACACUUCCUUGGAAAUGGGAAUACAUUGACUGCAACCGAAUUGCGCAAAGUUACGGAUAUAUUUACUAAAAUGUUCAUGGAUUCACAUACAAAAGUGUUUAGCUUAUUUCUGGAUACUUUAAAUGAACUUAUUACAACUCACAAUGAAGAUCUUAGCGAUUGGCUAUACGUUUUAUGUGCGAGACUUUUAAACAAAUUGGGUACAGAUCUAUUAGGAUCCAUCCAAGCUAAAAUUCAUCGAACAUUAGAUGUUGUAAGAGAAUCCUUUCCCGGUGAACAAUUAUUGCCAGCUGUGAUGAGAUAUUUAACCGAUCCGACGCAAACACCAAAUUCUCGUGUAAAAGUUGCAACCCUUACUUUUAUUACACAAAUAGCAGAGACUGCGGAGCCCUCUGCGUUAAACAAUUCUGCUGGAACAGCAUUAGCUAGAUUGCUUGACUGGACGAGCGAUGUCAAAAGUCAAGAUGUUAGAAGGCACGCACAGGAAGCAUUUAUAGCGCUUUACAAUUUAAAUCCCCCACAAGUGACAAUGAUAUUAGCGGAAUUACCGAAAUAUUAUCAAGAAGCUGCAUUACCUUUAGUCCAAAAUCAUUUAAGAAGGUCAACGGGAUCGAGUAAUCCAGCUUCUCCUGGUACACCACCACCACGAGCACAACACUCUCCUGCACGUAAUAAGAAGAACGACGUUGAUACGGCUGAUGACAAUUUGGAAGAAGUUUAUAAAACCUCUUCCUACAGAUCAUUACGACGUACAACGGCGGAGAUUCAAAAUUAUGGAUUUGAGCGUUUAGAAAGAGCUACAACUAGCAAAGAUAGUGGUAUUAGUAAUAUGGCUGAUUUAGAAGAAAGAAUAGAAGGUCUAACUUUAUCUAAUUCGGGAAGGUCUUCUUCUGUAUCAUCACCAACGCAAAGAGGACGAUCGGUUACGAAUAUAACAGUAAAUGGUUCUAGUGAUACAAUUGCCGGAGAUCUUAUAUUACCUCAAGAAAAUAAUGGUUAUAAAACUCAUGGAUCAUCCCCCGACUCAACCAAGAGACCAGAAGUAUUAGAUAAUAUGAUUAAGACGUUACAAUCAAAAUUGACGCAAACUUCAGAAAAGGUAGCAGCUUUGCAGGAGUUUCAGUUAUACGUUAGAGAAGGAGAUGCCACAUAUGUCAAACAAAAUUUCAAAAAACUUCUCAAGACAUUAUUAGAUAGGGUAAAUAGCGAUAGUCAACAGUUACAAAUAGAAGUACUUCAGACGUUAAUUGAUAUGCUCAAAUGUCCAGAACUUUUGGAAAGUUUUUCUGUUUUUCCUGAAUUGUUAGUAUUGAAAGUAAUCACUGCCCAUAAGUUUGAUGAUCAGAAAGCCGAUGGUAGUUCCAGCGGGGAGAGUGUUAGAGCGCCGGUAAGGAUGUCAGAGGCACAGGUUCUUCGGACAGCGGAGAAGUGUGCCGCGACAAUUGCCACGGUUCUUAGACCGGAACAAAUUAUUCUCGUUGUAUCAACUAUAAUAACAACCGAACCAUAUCCCUUAAAUAUGGGUGCGAUUAAAAUGCUUCACAAAAUAGUCGAACAUUGGGGACGCGAAGCUAUAGAACCUCAUCUAUCGAAAAUUAUGCCAGGACUUAUUAAGGCAUACGACGAUGUCGAAAGUACGGUUCGUAAAAGUGCAGUUUUUUGUAUGGUUGCAAUACAUGCAGCAGUUGGCGAAGAAGUCUUAAAACCUCAUUUGAGUUCUCUAUAUGCAAGUAAAUUAAAGCUUUUGUAUAUUUACAUACAACGUGCACAGCAAACGAACAGUCAACCUGCAAGUCCACGUAGCAACAGCAAGAAUUAACUAACAACUAAUUCUGCGACAUUAAGAAUCGCAAUACUAAGAAGAUUCGCGCGUCUAAGUGCAAGACACGAACGAAUGUUGGUUAGCUUUCUCAGCAAAUCGAGUCCGUGAGCGUUG